UCACUCACUCUUGUCUCCAGGUUCUGCACUUGCCUUUCUCCAUGUGUGCACAGUGGAGAUGUCUGCCCAGAGGUCAAUUUCUAACAGAACAUCUCAGCAGUCUGCAUCUAACGCUGACUACUCCUGGGAAUAUGAGUAUUAUGAGAUUGGACCAGUUUCCUUUGAAGGACUGAAGGCUCAUAAAUAUUCUAUUGUGAUUGGAUUUUGGGUUGGUCUCGCAGUCUUCGUGAUUUUCAUGUUUUUUGUGCUGACUUUGCUGACCAAGACAGGAGCCCCACACCAAGACAACGCAGAGCCUUCGGAGAAGAGAUUCAGAAUGAGCAGCUUUGUGUCAGACUUCGGAAGACCGCUGGAGCCAGACAAGGGCAAUGAGGAGUCCCGGUCUCUCUUUCACUGCUACGUCACUGAGGCGGAGCACCUGGAGAAGGCCAGGGCUGGCCAGCAGACCACAGCCCUCGACAGCGACGUGCAGCUGCAGGAAGUCACCAGAAGCAGCGGGCGGCCAGAGGAGGAGCUGAACAGGCUCAUGAAAUUUGACAUCCCCAACUUUGUGAACACGGACCAGAACUCCUCCUUUGGGGACGAUGAUCUUCUGAUUUCAGAACCACCUGUUGUCGUUGUUCUGGAAAAUAAGCCAGUUUCCCAGACUUCACACAGAGACCCGGAUUGAGAAACAUGCUCUGUAAUUUUCUUCCUGAAGAUGUUGGGGUGUGUUUGUAUAGCAAGAAAUCUUCAUUUACCAAAGUGGUGUGUGUCUGAGAGAGAGAGAGAGAGAGAGAGAGAGAGAGAGAGAGAGAGAGAGAGAGAAGAGAGAGCCCCCUCAGAAGGGAGCUGAUUCAGCUGAGUUUUUAUGCCUUUAAACACAACAUCUGGGGCUUUGGGGGGAAUAAAGUAACCGUCUCACCUUCCUUAAUGUUGAGGAAUUUGGCCACAUACUAGGCAUCAGCAUUCUCGAAUGGGGGUUAUCUUCUGUGUUCCUGCCACGGCCAUUCUCUGCCUUUAGCAAAUUGCUUUCCCUCUGGGCUGCCGCAUCCUUUUCCUAUAAGGUGAGGAGUCUGGGGUAGAUGUUCCCCACUGGCUCUAAUAUUUUGUGAAUUUCUGACUGUGCAUGCAGACGAGGCUGGGGUAUACAUAAAGCCGCAUAAACUAAGGCACUGGAUCCUAUUUCUGAUUGUAGGACUCCCCACCCCUGCAAAUGUCUGUACCUGCACUCAACCCUUAACUGAGCUCAGCUUUUGCCCGGGCCCAAAUGCCUACCAGGAUGCCAGGACACUCGUCUCACACAUCACUGUGGACAACAUUUCUGUCGGCUGUGCCAAAACAGCUUUUCUGAGGACCUCUGGCCACCCAUGCUCAAACCAGGGGACAGUCCUACAAUGAAUUUCAGUCCAUGGUAUAUCUCAUAGAACUCCAGUCCCCAAGAAAUGUAAGCGAGGUUAUCAGCUGAGUGAGGGAGGUGACCUGUGUGUGUCUCUGUGUUGAUCUGUCUGUGUCUGGUCACACUGGUGUCCCCUUGGCCACUGAACAAGUCAAGUGCUAUUUGCCAUGCAGUCUGCUUGCUUGGCAGAUGUGUAGGGGAUGCUCAUCUGGCUAGUAUGCGGCUGUGAGUUAAGAUGGCGAAUGGGUUGUAAAUACCCCACGAAUAGAUAUGCAGGUCGGCCUGGUACAACACAUUUAAACAUGCCCCUGGUAUCAGAAAUAAUUCGGUUUUACACUUCCAGGUUGCAUGCAUGGCCAACUGCUAAUCUCGGUGAUGUAUUCAUUAUGGAUUUGUUCACCACCUGUCUUGCUUAAGUUAAAAAAUAAAUACGUUUGAUUG